GGCCAUUAAGCCCAAAUCCCAACCAAACCUUCCAUCCCUAAUCCUUUCUCUCUCCUCUUUCUCUCUCUCCGCCUUUAUUCUCUCUCUCUAUAUUACGGAGAGAGAUGGUCUGACAGACUGAACCCAAACGCCGUUACAGACCCCAGAGAACCCCGUUUACGCCUUCCCUAAACCAUCCUCCAAUAACUCACGUGCUCUUCUUCUUGACAAUAUUCUUAAUUUUAUUUUAUUUUUUAUAAAAUUUAUUUCUAUUUUUAUAUGGCUUUGCAGCAGCUUAGCCUCGGUCCAGCUCCCCUUGACGCCGUCACUAAUGGUGUUGACGUUCGGCCGAUGUCAAUUGACGGCGGAGACGACGCCACCAAAACACCCAGGCUUCCCCGGUGGACUCGCCAGGAGAUUCUUGUUCUUAUUCAGGGUAAGAAGGUUGCCGAGACAAGGGUUCGCGGCGGCCGGGCUGCUAGUCUUGCCUUUGGCUCUGCCCAGGUUGAACCCAAGUGGGCCUCUGUCUCCUCCUACUGUAAGAGGCAUGGGGUCAAUCGGGGUCCGGUCCAGUGCCGCAAGAGAUGGAGCAAUUUGGCUGGUGACUUCAAGAAGAUCAAGGAGUGGGAGUCCCAAAUUAGGGAAGAUACUGAAUCCUUUUGGGUCAUGAGGAACGAUUUGAGACGCGAGAGGAAAUUGCCAGGGUUUUUCGACAAGGAGGUUUAUGAUAUAUUGGAUUCCGGCCCAGCUCCUUCGCCAUCGCCGGCUCUGGCUCUCGCUCUUGCUCCUGCUCCGCCCCCCGCUCUCAAUUCCGAUGAGGUCAAGCCCGAUGCCGAGCCGGAGCACGUGUUCGACAGUUCUAAAAUAGCGACAGCGGACGACGGUUUGUUCUCCGAUUUCGAGCAGGACGAAACCAGCCGGAGCCCCAUGAAGGAAGUCGCCGGGAAGGAGGUUCCAGCACCGACGGCCGACGGGGCAAUUCCUGCUCCGACACCUUUAUCAGAGAAGCUGUACCAACCUGCUGCUCAAGAUUGUCCUGUCCAAGGCACAUCAAAUGACAGAGAAGCAGCAGCAGCAGCAAAUCCCGGGAUCGGAUCGACGUCAUCACAAGAGGGACGGAAACGAAAGCAUGUUGCAUUAGACGUGGACGAGGAAACCAUGGUGCAGAAUGAACUGAUUGGCAUCCUGGAAAAGAAUGGGAAACUGCUGAGUGCCCAACUGGAAGCUCAAAACAUGAACUUUGAGCUGGACCGGGAGCAGCGUAAGCACCACGCCGAUGGCUUAGUCGCAGUUCUUAACAAGCUCGCAGACGCUCUAGGGAGGAUUGCGGAUAAGCUGUAGGAAAAGAAAGAGAGAAAUCCAGAUGAGUAGAUGUACAUAACCAACAACAUUUUUCUCUCCUGGAGCAUGAUAGAGACACAUAAGAGAUAGAAGAAAUUGAUAGGAGGAAGGUUGAUGAAGAAGGAGGUUUCCUCUUGUGUCUGCCAUUUCUAGUUUCAGACUGCCUUUGUGACCAAUUAGUGGUGAGUUUAGUAGAAGUUAUAGAUAUCCCCAUACACAGAUAAGAAGAAGGAUAUACAAAAACUGAGAGAGUUCUACUUUUUAUACGGAUUCCAAUAUUUGUAAAUCUUAUUAUUUAUUUCCAUUUUUGGUUUUUCCCAAUCCAA